GUCACUUCCUGCCACUUCACCGCCACUUCACGAGACUUUCCAAAAACAACAACCGCACGUGAACCGUCAACUUCUCCCGCAGCGAGGAACCAGCCCCCGGUGCUUCGACUCCCUGUAGCGGGACUCCAAGUCACGGAGGCCCGGGUAACGGGACAUAAACGCUCGGUCCGUACUCAUCGCAAACAGCGGCAAUAGUUUCAUCAUCAUCUCCUGUCAGUCAGAGGAGGAGGAGGAGGAGGAGGAGGAGGCGUCACGGCUGUAACUUCACCACCAUGCUGCUGCACAGGCUCUCCCUCUCUGCCAGGAUCCCACUGGAGUCCCUGAGACGCGUCCGCCGCCUGCUCACCACGACACCGACACCAGCUCCCCAGGGCAGGGUCCAUGGCAGCUCCUUCGCCCACCGCGGUGAACUCCGUCAUGCUAAGAGGAUCGUCGUCAAGCUCGGCAGCGCUGUGGUCACCCGCGGUGACGAGUGUGGGCUGGCUCUCGGGAGGCUGGCCUCCAUUGUGGAGCAGGUGGCCAUGCUGCAGAACCAGGGCAGGGAGAUGAUGAUUGUCACCAGUGGAGCAGUGGCCUUUGGAAAGCAGAGAUUAAGACAUGAGAUCCUGCUGUCACAGAGCGUCCGGCAGGCGCUGCACUCUGGACAAAAUCAGCUCAAAGACAUGUCUCUUCCAGUGCUGGAGGCCCGGGCCUGUGCUGCAGCGGGGCAGAGCGGCCUGAUGGCCCUUUAUGAGGCCAUGUUCACCCAAUACAGCACCUGCACCGCACAGAUUCUCGUGACAAAUCUGGAUUUCCACGAUGACCAGAAGAGGCAGAACCUGAACAGCACCCUGCAGGAGCUGCUGCGCAUGAACAUCGUGCCCAUCAUCAACACCAACGAUGCUGUGGUGCCACCGCCGGAGCCCAACAGUGACCUGCAGGGGGUAAAUGUGAUCAGCAUUAAGGACAAUGACAGUCUGGCGGCGAGGCUAGCUGUGGAGAUGAAGGCUGACCUGCUCAUCGCACUCUCUGAUGUGGAAGGACUCUACAACAGCCCCCCUGGAACAGAUGACGCCAAGCUCAUUGACAUCUUUUACCCCGGAGACCAGCAGUCCAUCACUUAUGGUACAAAGUCCAGAGUUGGGAUUGGAGGCAUGGAGGCCAAGGUCAAGGCUGCGCUGUGGGCUCUGCAAGGCGGCACCUCCGUGGUCAUUGCAAAUGGAACCCACCCUAAGGUAACGGGCCAUGUCAUCACUGACAUUGUGGAGGGCAAAAAGCUGGGAACCUUCUUCUCUGAGAUCAAACCAGCAGGACCAACUGUGGAGCAGCAAACAGAAAUGGCUCGCAACUCUGGAAGAACCCUGGCAUCUCUUCUCCCAGACCAGAGGAGUGAGAUCAUCUGUCAUCUGGCAGAGCUGCUGACUGAAAAGAAGGACGAGAUUCUGGCUGCCAACAAGAUGGACAUGGACCUGGCCGUUAACGCAGGCCAUUUGCCAGCAGCGAUGCAGAAGCGUCUGAGUCUGUCUCCAGCCAAACUCAACAGCUUGGCCAUCGGCCUGCGUCAGAUAGCAGUGGCAGCCCAGGACAGCGUGGGUCAGGUGCUGCGCAGGACCAGGGUGGCUAACAACCUGGAGCUGGAGCAGAUCACGGUGCCCAUCGGAGUUCUUCUGGUCAUCUUUGAGGCCAGACCUGACUGCCUGCCCCAGGUGUCAGCUUUGGCCAUAGCCAGUGGUAACGCCCUUCUUCUGAAGGGAGGCAAGGAGGCGGCCAACACAAACCGUGUUCUCCACGAGCUCACCCAGGAAGCCCUUUCCUUGCAUGGCGUCAAAGAAGCCGUGCAACUGGUGAGCACUCGUGAGGAGGUGGAGGAUCUCUGUCGACUGGACAAAAUAAUCGACUUGAUCAUUCCUCGAGGUUCAUCCCAGCUUGUGAAGGACAUACAGCGAGCGGCCAAGGGGAUCCCAGUGCUGGGUCACAGCGAGGGGAUCUGCCACGUCUACGUCGACGCAGAAGCCUCCAUUGACAAAGUUAUCAAGAUCGUCAGAGACUCCAAGUGCGACUACCCGGCUGCGUGCAAUGCCAUGGAAACUCUGCUGAUUCACAGAGACAUCCUGAGGACCCCACUCUUUGACCAGAUCAUUGACAUGCUGCGCACUGAAAGGGUGAAGAUUCAUGCAGGCCCUCGAUUUGCCUCCUACCUUACGUUCAGCCCAUCAGAGGCCAAGUCGUUGCGGACAGAGUACGGUGACCUGGAGUGUUGCAUGGAGGUGGUGGACAGCAUGCCAGACGCUGUGGAUCACAUCCACAAGUAUGGCAGCUCCCACACAGACGUCAUCAUCACAGAAAAUGAGGAAACAGCAGAGCAGUUCCUGCAUCAGCUCGACAGCGCCUGUGUUUUCUGGAACGCCAGCUCACGCUUCGCUGAUGGCUACCGCUUUGGACUGGGAGCAGAGGUUGGUAUAAGCACAGCGCGUAUUCAUGCCCGAGGACCUGUGGGCCUGGAGGGGCUGCUCACCACCAAGUGGGUCCUGAGAGGUGAUGGGCACACAGCGGCGGAUUUCUCUGAGCACGGCACCAUGAAAUACCUCCAUGAAAACCUGCCUGUUGGGCAGCCUCUGGCUGGACAGAGAGACAGCAACUAGACCACAGAUGUUUUUGGCUGAUGCCACUGUUUUAAACCCCUGCAGCACACAGCACGGAGAGAUGCUCAACAAACCAGCGGUCCGUUUUAUCAGCACAAGCAGAAAGUUGUCCUAUUUCAGAUGAUACUGUUGUUCAAUGACUGACCUCUACCUCAGCAUAUUGUACUUUAUGAGAUGGGAAACUCGCCCUCAUCACAGCACAGUAUUGCAAUAAUGGAGAAAUUGUGACCAGGAAGGGAAAUAACUAAGAUCACUUUCUGACAAAGUAAGCACACAAUAUCAAAGAAAACUGAAGGUCUUUUUUAAAUAUAUAUUUUUUAAAUAAUGCAACCUCAGGACGUUUCAGCGAGGACAUUGAUUCAGUCGCUCUUAAGAGAUCCUGCUAUGUUGGCCUUAAGAAGAUCCCUUAUUUAGCUGUUUUUUUUGUCAUUACUAAAAAAAUGAUUUUGCUUCAGUGUGUAACUUUUGGACGGCAUGCUGGCGUUGCAGAAUCUCAUGUAAUUCAGUAGCAGUGGCGUCUGUCCUUCUCCAGCUCUCCCUAUUACAAUGAUCAUCUCGAAUCGUCUACAGAAACAUUUCAUCUUAUCCAUAACAUGUUCAUGAGUAAGGAGAGAUGCUUUAACAUCGGUACAAAUUUUUGCUUUUGCCAGUUUUAUUGUGUAAAACCACCCAAACAUUAAUGUGUUCGAGGGUCAGCGAUAGUUGGUGAUUCUCCUCAGCCAUUAAAAACACAGUAUUAUGAGGAAUGACAUGUAUCAUUAUCAAACAUAUUCAUUCUAUCAAAAUCAAGUUCUAAAUAUGAUUGUACAUAUUAUUUUUAAUUGUAGCUGAUGGAAUUGGCUCAUUACUCAGAAGGUUAAUCUGAUGUACUGUUUUUUUUUCAUUUAACAUUUCAACAACUUAAUGUUCUUGCUUUAACUCCAGGAUAAAUGUUCGGUUUACUUCUAAUUAUGCAGGUAUUUCAAUUAGCUGAGAUGAAGAUUAUAUACCACUACAGGAUGGAAUUAGGGUUUCCCUGUAAUGAAACUUAAUAACAGGAUUAAAAUGAAUAUUAUCAAACUUGAUACAGAAGUAUCCGGGAUUUACCAGUCGUGUUGUAAAGCUACACAAGUAUGCACUUCAACUUGAAUGCAUCAGUUUUUAUUUACAAUUGUAUUUAUUUGAUCAUUGUUACGAGUUCUGCUCCUCUUUCCGCGCUUCGCUGUUUUCCUGUUUGUACCUUGUGGCGCCCAAAGCCUCGUUCAGAGUGGGAACGAGUAAUUGACAAGCUGCCUCCUUCAAGCUGGAGGGGAGAACGCAGCUGCUUUUAAAUUAAGCUCCUCUACAUUCCAGCCUCUGAGCUCCUAUCUGAUGUCUUGCAAUGCACACUUAAGGACUGGUUUGAGUUGUUUAAUAGCAGCAUUGUAGAAUUAAAAAAGAAAAUGUUGAAAAAGAA